AUGGGAGAGUUUUUAGGUCCACUAGCUAGCAGUUUAUCUUCUGCUCAAGUGGAAGAGCAAAAGGAGGUUGAAAUUGUGGAGGACACUAUGACCGAAAUUUGCGACAGAAUGAUAGAUGUGUUCAUGACUGAGAAGACAAAAUCAAAGGAAUGGAGGAAGUAUUUGGUAUUCAGAGAAGAGUGGAAUAAAUAUAAGGAUAGCUUCUACAGAAGGUGCCAGAAGACAGACAUGGAGAAUGACCCAGUUAAGAAGCAAAAAUUCAUUUCACUGUGGAAAAAGAUGAAGAAGAUUGAUGAUGAAAUGGAAGGACACGGUGACCUGCUCAAGGAGGUGCAAGAUAGCCCUACUGAUAUAAAUGCCAUAGUUGCAAGGAGGCGUAAAGAUUUUACAGGGGAAUUCUUCCGUUACCUUUCUCUCCUUUCAGACACAUAUGAUAGCUUGGAAGACCAAGAUGCAAUUGCCAGGCUUGGGACUAGAUGCUUGUCAGCUGUCAGUGCAUAUGAUAACACUCUAGAGAUUGUGGAGACAUUGGAUCCUGCACAGGCGAAAUUUGAUGAUAUUCUCAACUCACCAUCAAUUGAUGUGGCAUGUGAGAAGAUCAAAAGCCUUGCAAAGGCAAAGGAACUUGAUUCGUCAUUAAUCCUCUUGAUAAAUAGUGCUUGGGCUAAAGCAAAAGAGUCUUCAACACUGAAAAAUGAGGUAAAAGAUAUAAUGUAUCAAUUGUACAAGACCACAAAGAGCAGUCUAAGGAGCAUGGCUCCUAAAGAAAUCAAGCUACUCAAGCAUUUGUUGAAUAUUGUAGAUCCUGAGGAGAGAUUCUCUGCAUUAGCAACGGCUUUCUCUCCUGGUGGUAAACAUGAAACCAAGGACCCUGAUGCAUUAUACACUACCCCGAAGGAGCUGCAUAAGUGGGUUAAGAUCAUGCUUGAUGCAUAUCAUUUGAAUAAAGAAGAAACAGAGUUCAGGGAAGCCAAGCAGAUAACUGAACCUGUGGUUAUCCAGAGGCUGUUCAUCCUCAAGGAAACCAUUGAAGAGGAAUAUCUGGAAAAAAAUACAUUUCAAAAGUCUGAUGCAGAAAAAGACUCUAAGUCAGAAGAAGAGUUAUAAGUUCUUUCCUUAAAAAAUAUAAGUUUCCCUUCCUUCCCCGCUCGCUCUAUUGUUUCAUACCUUGAAAGGAAAAGGGAACAAGGAAAGAAGGGUCAAAGAAGGAAAUGAUCAAGCGUACCAAAGUUUUUUCAAGUGGCUACUUGCAGCUGGGGCCCCAACUUAUCUGCUUUCAAAGAUUUUUGUACGGGUGUAAUCUAGUUUUUUUUUAAUUUUUAUGAUAAAAAAUUUAGAUAAGUUGAUUCUCAAGCCUUGCCAAAGUUAAGGCAUACCUUGAUUUAAUAUAUUUGUGUCUCCUAUUAGGAGGACUCGAAUCAUGUUUA